AUGCGCAGCGCAUUCAAGUGGUUCCAGAACGAUACCACCAGAGCUCAGGAACCGUGUGGUUCAGCCUCCACUUGCACAUCCACACCCACACCCGCCCUCGCCUCCGCCGCCGUCUCCGCCGCCACCGCCAGCGACAGCGCCUGUGACUCGACUGCCCACUUCGCCGCCGCUGCUGGCCCUGACUCUCCUGGGUCCCUCAACUCGGCCUCGCUGACGCAGUCGCCGUCGCCCCAGCCGGAGACCCCUACCACCGGCCACUUUCCCACCGGCGCUGACGCUACCGCGACCGCUGCCUCUCAGGCUACCGUUGCCGCUACCGCUGGGACUACUAUUACUCGUCGUCCCGCUGCUUCUGGCACCACCUCCUCCAAGACCAUCCACAUCGCCGCCUUCUCCCCGCGCGCUGCCCAAAUACCCUCCUUGUCGUCGUCGCCUACCAGCCGCUACCACUCCAGCAACUACAACCCCUUUGCCAACCCCGACCCCGAUCUCGAUCUCGUCGGCCGCGACAUCGACUUUGACGACGACUUCAAGAUGACUACUGGUCCCACGCUGGACCCUUCCAUGGGUCGUCCCCGCGGCGACUCGUUUGUCAGCGCUGGCCCAAAGCCCAUCUCCGUCAACAACCCCAACCGCGAUAAUGUAAACCGAAAUCGAAGAGAGUCCCUUGCCGGCAGCCUCAUGGGCGGCAUGAGCUGGGGCGGCAUGUCCUUUGGGAGCUUUGUCCGCGACGAUAUUAUGAUGCAGGGCACAUCGCCCUUCGGCACCCACCAGUCCCCCUCCUUCCACUCGUCCUCGUACCUCCCCAAGCUCGAGGCCAACUUCAUGAGAGACUUCACUUGCUGCGGCAAGAUCUUGCCUAACCUGCACGACUUGCUACAACACUACGAGGAGGCCCAUACGCAACCAAGCCCCAAUACCGCCCGAAACAAUGCCUUCACUCAGUUCUCGCAGAUGGGCAUGCCCGGUGCGCCCAAGAUGCCCAACUCCCGGACCAAUUCGAUAACUCAGGGCCACGGGAAUGGCCAGUCGACGGGACAGCUCGGACAGCAGGGUAGGACCACAGGGUCAGCCAUGCAGAUGAUGGGCGGGCAGCAGAAUACGGGUGUCAAUGAUGCGCAUAUCAACACAUCAAACCUCAACGACGAAAUGGAUGCUGUGGCAGAUAUGGAGAUGGACGACGCCGUUGGCACUAUGGAGAUGGACGACAGUCAGCGGAUGCACCAGACGAGACAGCUUUUUGGGCAACAACAGCGACCACAGCUGAACAUGAACACAUCCGGCCUCACCCAGGGCCUGCGCACCUCUCAACCUCCAACUCCCGCGGCUGCAAGCUUCGGCCUUCAGAACAAUCCUACUGUUUCAUCCGUCAAUACGCCUACGCUUACUACCCACCAGGGUCAGCUACCAGGGAGGGGCCAACAGGUGGAUUUGGACGAGGACCUUCCCGGCAUGCCCAUGGGUGGUAACACAAAUGAUAUCGGCGACAUGAACUUUGGUGGCAACCAGAACGCCAACGAUUCCAACUUCUGUAUCAACGAUCCCGGAAAGCAUCUAUUUAGUCCCAACGGCGCAUUCCCAGCGGCCAACCGCUCUAUCCAGGCUCAGUUGGCCCAGUUGGGCCUCAACCAGGCUCAGUUUUCCGACCCGGCCGCCAACAAGGCCCUCAUGCAACGCCUCCAGAGCAUGAUGAUGCCCGAGGAGCAUAAGCCUUUCAAAUGCCCCGUCAUUGGGUGUGAGAAGGCGUACAAGAACCAGAACGGCCUGAAAUAUCACAAGACGCACGGCCAUCAAACACAACAGCUGCACGAGAAUGGAGAUGGUACAUUCUCUAUCGUCAAUCCCGAGACCAGUGCACCCUACCCCGGAACCCUUGGCAUGGAAAAAGAGAAGCCAUUUAGCUGUGAGACGUGUGGCAAGCGCUACAAGAACCUAAACGGUUUGAAAUACCACAAGGCCCAUUCGCUGCCCUGCAAUCCAGAUUUCAAGCUGCAGGCGCUCGCUGCCGGAAUGAACCUCCCAGGAAUCGGCGAAGACCAGAUGAUGCAAUAG